GGGGAAUAAACACUCCACCCAUCACAAUGCAUGACUAAGGCACUUUUAUAUCAGGAUGCUGUUUCCUGUUGCUUCUUCAGUUGGAAACGCAGACGUCCGAAGAAGUUUGAUCCACUGGAGAUCAUGACUUCACUGUGGGUGGUGGCACUGUUGGUGUUAACCUUCGUUGCACCUGCACCGGCCUUUGUCUCUAUUGGAGGCGGGGCGUCAACACAUGUCAGCAUCACAGGCACAGCUUUACUGCAGAAAGUGUCGGAGACGUGCCGGGCUGUGGUUGAGGCCGCCGGGCAUGAGUUCAAACCCACGGGUACGUCUCCUGAAGAACUGGUGCAAGCCUGCCUUGGCCCAACAGCAACAGGAGAAGUUUCUGGUGCCAAAUUCCAUGCCGCCCUUCAAGAGAUCUAUAUGCAGAAUGGACUCGUGGACAGAGACUUUGCCGGCAGUGCUCCACACCACUUUAACUCCGAGGCCUUUUUGACUGGGCGAGGUUUGCUCAUGGAGGGUUUGGCAUCCAUCAAAGCCAACAUCCGCAGCGAGAAUUACAGAGCUGCCAGAGAAAGUCUUGGCACAAUCCUUCAUGUUCUACAGGACUUCUACAGCCACAGCAACUGGGUGGAGCUGGGAAACACAGAGCCGUAUGAGGCCCUGCUGCGCCAAGAUCUCCCCAUAGACAAUGUCGCAGAUGUAAACACUGCCACCUGCAAAGACUGUGCCAAUGGGGCAUGCGCCAAUCCUUUGCUUCCUCAAAUCCUGAAGGAGAAGAAACUCACAUCUGGAUACAUGGGAAUCUUCUCCGCUGACAAACCAUCAGGCAAAUGUAGCCACGGAGGUGCAGGCGAUCUGACCACCAACGUUGCCCCCCGAGGAGGCCUCAGUAAAGAUGAGCGCCGUGCUGACAACCAAGCUUUCCACGACACUGCUGUCAAGUUAGCCACUGCUGCCAGCCUUGAGCUGCUGGAGGACGUCCGGCGUGCUGCGGGAAACAACAAGUUCUUGAGAAUGAUGGGGAUUGCCCGAGUCUCGGUGGUGUGCUUCGUGAUCGACACCACCGGCAGCAUGAAAGAUGACAUUGACGAAGCUCGCUCUGUCGUAUAUGAAAUCAUUGACAGCAAGCGAGGCACUCAGGAUGAACCAUCAGAGUAUAUCCUUGUGCCCUUCAAUGACCCUGCUUUUGGACCCCUGAUCCGGACAGCAGACCCAGAUGUGAUGAAAGCAGAAAUUUCCAAGUUGACGGCAGCUGGAGGUGGUGAUGGCCCAGAGAUGUGUCUUUCAGGUUUACAGAUGGCACUGACAGGCGCACCCGCUUCCUCUCACAUAUAUGUUUUCACCGAUGCUCCUGCCAAAGACAUCGGACUCAAGGACACCAUUGUUGCUCUGAUCCGAAAAACCAAGUCCACGGUGUCUUUCUUCAUGACCACAAAGACAGGGAGACGUCGCAGAGCGGUCUAUGCUGCUUCUUUGAAUGACUACAAGGACCUGGCUCUGGCUUCAGGAGGACAAGCUAUUGAGGUGUCAAAGAGAGAGCUGCCUCAGGCGACUGAUAUCAUCCUCGAUACUUCCACUUCAGCAUUGGUGACAGUCCUGCAAAGAGCAAGGAAUCCUGGAAAAGCAGAGACAUUUUCCUUCAUGUUGGAUGGGUCCCUGAGCAAGGUCACCAUAUACAUCACUGGAACAGCGAUCAGUUUUACGCUGACUAACCCUUCAGGUGUGAGCCAGACCAGCACUGAGGCCACAGGAAAGCUGGGAACCAUUAAGUCGACUGGAAAUCUGAUGAGAAUUAAUCUGAAUCCUGACAAAGCUUCUGGAAAGUGGAAACUGCAGAUCAACUCUAACCAGCCGUACACAGUCAAAGUCACAGGGCAGAGUACAAUCACCUUUAUCUAUGACUUCGUGGAGAAAUUCGAUGGACCUCACCCUGGAUAUGCAGUUAUCAGUGGGCGCCCCCUCGCAGGUCAGCCUGCCAGUAUUAUGCUCAAUGUUAUGGGCAAAAAAGGUCCAUCUUCAUUGGAAAUAGGAAAAGUUGGUGUAGUUGCCAUGUCUGCCUCUGAGAGUAUUACCUAUGGUGAGACCACCGACAUGGGCAACGGAGCAGUUCUGGUGACACUGAAGGCCAUCCCAUCUGGGGAGUUUGUCAUUGUGCACCAAGGGACAGACAAAGUGUCAAGCAGCGAGUACGAGAGACAGUCGACCACACAGAUGUCCGUUUCCAAAGUCAACAUUGAGGCCGCUGUGACGGGCACCAUGGAACCAGGAAAGACCUUCACAAUCCCAUUCAGUGUGAUCACUCAGGGUCUGAGCGGCGAAUUCAUUAUUAACGCACAAAACGACAAAGACUACCCAAUGACAAAACCAAACAGGCUCACCUUGACCUCUGGAAAAUACACCAACUCUAGUUUGACUAUCACUCCAGGUAUAAACACAGUGCCUGGCACUGAUGUCACGGUAACCAUUGAUGCCAAGUCAGUCGUCGGUGCGGAUUCUAACUACGCUGUGCUGAGAUUCACCGUCAUCAAUAAGAUCACAGACUUCUUUCCACCAAAGUGCGACGUGUUUGAUAUCAAUGCCGAAGACUGCCCCAAAGAUUUGGCGCAGUGUGAACCAUUCCGCUGGGGAUUGUCUGCCAAUGUCAGUGAUGGUAACGGCACCGGGGUGGAACAAAUGUACCUGGCUACUGGCAAUGGAACCAUCACUCACAGCGGCCUUAAUAGGCCCUUCAUCCAGGCCGGCUACAACGCUUCCUGCUGCUCACCAAUUUUUGAGUUGGUCACAGUCGACAAAAUUGGGAAUGUGGGCAAAUGCUACCAUUCCAUUCUCUCUGGUGGGCCUCCAAUGCUAUCGCUUCCACUGCCGCUGUGGUUGUGUCUGCUGGUGUCGCUUUUCAUAGUUAGAGCUUGAAACUGAACCAAGGAUUUACACCAAAUGAAGGUGGUCAUCUUGUGGGUUCUGGUGCUCAAUGGACAGGCAUUUCACAGCAAAGAAUGUAUUUAAUAUAGCGGGUGGAAAAACAAGCAUUUUGCAUUUUGUGGGAAAGAAUUGU